AUGUCAAAGAUGAUAAUUAAAGCAAAAAAUAAAGAAUUGAGUGAAAAACUCUCAUUAAUAAUUAAAAGAUGGUCAUCAAUAGAACAAUUUGAUACACAAUUUUUAGAUAUAUGUACCUGCGAAUCAUAUGAAAAGGGUAGAAUUGUAAUGUCAAUGGUUGUAGAGCAAAGACAUUGCAAUGGUUUAGGUACAUUACAUGGUGGCAGUAUAGCAACUCUAAUUGAUGUUAUAUCAACAUUUGCAAUUAUAAGUACAAAUUUAGAUGAUAUAAAUCCAGGUGUUUCAGUUGAACUUAGUACGAAAUAUUCAACAGCAGCACCUGUUGGUUCUAAAAUUUUUAUAGUUUCAUCAAUGUAUAGACAAGGAAGAAAUAUCGCAUUUACAGAGACAACAAUUUAUUUAGGUUCUGAAGAUAGUGGUUUAGUUGUAGCUAAAGGUUCACAUACUAAAUUUUUACCAAUUAAACCAAAAUUUUAA